UGCAUCACUGCUGAAAAUCUUAAAUGAGGAAGUUUGUACUUCCUGAUUUUCACAGAAGGUGUGAAGAUGGCACGUAUUUUAUUUUGGGGAGUUCUUUUGCUGCUUUCAUUUGAAAUACAAGGGCUCCGACAUGUGUUUCUCCUCCGUGGAAAGGACUUACACCUGGAUGUAGAGAAAUCUGUUGUACUAGACAAAAAAACUGAAUUGAUCUGGAAAGUUAAUGAAACUAACAAUAUAGCUAAAUGUGGUUUGAAUAAUGAUCCAGUUGUGUUUGACAAAUAUGAAGGAAGGGCUGAGCUCUUCAGGCAAAAUUACUCUUUGUUAUUAAAGAAUGUGCAACACAAUGACAGUGGAGAUUAUACUGCAUUCAUGGUUAGCGGUGAAGACCAAAAGGUAGCUGAAUACAAGGUCAUAGUCCAAGAUGCAGUUUCUCCAGUUAACCUGACAGUGGACUCUGUGUCUGGCAGUUCAGACUCCUGUAGCCUCACUGUGAACUGCAGCACAGUGGAUUCUCAAAUCAGCAGCAUUUUCACAUGUGAUGCCCAAAACUGCUCUCAGGUGGAAGAAAACAGUUUGAAAACCCCAGAUUAUUAUUCGUCUUUAAUUGUUUACCUGCAUGGAGACUUCAUCAUCUGUAAUCACAGCAAUAAAGUCAGCUGGACAGACAGUAAGACUAAACAUUACUGUGAUACAAGGACAGUUUCAAGUGCAAACAUAAUUAUCGCAGCUGCUGGUGGCCUCUGUGGUUUCAUUUUCAUCAUUGUCAUCAUUUGCAUUGUCGCAAAACGUAAACGAAGGAACCAGGAAAAUCAACUGUAUGAGGCUGCUCAAGAGCAUCCUCCAGGCCAAACUCGAAAUGAGAAUGUUCCAGGAGAUGCCUCGAGUCUUUCCCCAACAUCUACUUAUGCCCUCGUGGAGUUUCACCCUAAAACAGAAUCCACGAAGUCCAAAAAAAUUCCACAGCCAGAGACGGUGUAUGCUCAGGUUACCAGACCCACCAGGCCCAGAGUCACUGCCCAACAAACAGAGCUGGAGAACAUCAGCAGUAUAAAUUCACAAGGCUAAACACAUAUGAACUAUGAACACUUGAACUCUGCUUUUUUUUUUCUAAAAUGUUGGCACAGAGGACAUGUUGGAUCAAAUUUAUCACCUGUUUAAAACACAAAUGAACUGAAUAUUUUCUUAAUGUUUUCAAACAUUAUCCUUUUUUGUAGUAAUAUCUUUUGUGUUUUAGAUGGUGAUGGCUUACUGUGAAGUACAAUAUUUUGUUUUUAGAGCUAUAUGCUUGAAUCUCUUUUUCUUUUUCUUGUUUUUUGAAGUUUUCCUGAAUAAUGUAGUGCAUAUAAUCUUUAUCAAUAAUUAUUGUAAUUUUUUAUAUGUGUUGCAGACUAUAAAUAAUACUUAAAGUUAAUACAUUUCAAGUUUUCUUUUUAUAGAUCUAGACCAGGGGUGUGAAAUAUAAGACUCCAAUCCAGCCCACUGGGAGCUUUUAAAAAUGUGAAGGAGGGCAUAAAUUUUGGACUGUCGAAUAUAUUUCAGUUGUUUUGCCUUGGUGUUAUAUGAACUAAAAUGAAUUGGUUUGGCACACUUAUCAAAGUGGGCUGGAUGUGGCCAACACUGUAAGAUGUGUUCAAAAUCCACGAUCUAAACUUUAUGGAGAAAUGUAUUAAAUCAAUUCCUCAUUAGGAAGACUUUGUUAGUUAACAGCCACCUUAAGUUUGUUGUGGAACAGCUGCAACAGAAAAACUUUCUUUGUAAUUUAUAUUUAUUACAGAAAGAAAGGCAUGGGAAGUCAGCAAAACAAGAAUAAAGUCUGGAGGUAUACAGAAAAAUCUUAAACAUUUUUCUACUGGAAUUUUCAAAAUUAAAUUCUAAAUAAGUGUA